AAUGGUGCAGCAGCCUACUCCGGAAUCACUAGAAGAUGCCAGAGUCUCUCUCUUUGUGACUGGAGUCUAUUGAUGCCUUUUAUCCAGCGUUAUUCCAAGAAAAACGCCGCGACUGCUGCAAAAUUUCAAAGGAAUGGCGGAAGUGAUUUCUCAGAGAGAGCAAAGGAAUCUAUUUUUGACCUCAUCCGUCCCGAUGGAAUCCCGCCAGCUGACGGUCCUAUACGGCAGUCAGACCGGAACAGCGCAGGAUGUGGCAGAGCGCGUGGCGCGGGAGGCCAAGAGGCGCCACUUCUCUACCAAAGUACUCGCCAUGGACCAGUACCCUAUUGCCUCUCUUAUCCAUGAAGCAAUGGUUAUAUUUGUGUGUUCUACAACUGGACAAGGUGAUGAGCCAGACAAUAUGAAGGUGUUUUGGAAGUUUUUGCUGAGGAAGAAUCUCCCCUCCAACUCCUUAUGUCAGCUGAACUUUGCUGUUCUGGGUCUGGGGGACUCCUCCUAUCAAAAGUUCAAUUUCGUGGCCAAGAAACUGCAGAAGAGACUACUGCAGCUGGGUGGAAACCCCCUUCACACCCUCGGGUUGGCUGAUGACCAACAUGAUCUGGGACCAGACGCAGUAGUUGACCCAUGGCUGAACUCCCUGUGGAACAAGGUACUGAGUCUGUACCCACUACCUCCUGACAAGGCCAUCAUCAGUGAACACAUCUUGCCUCCUCCAAGAUACAAAGUAAAGUUUGUAGAUGGAGACCAGGAUAGCAUCAAUGGACUACAUGUACCUACAGACAGUAACAUCACCGGGCCUUCACAGAAUAACCCGUUCUACGCCAGACUGGUGUCCAAUGAUAGGAUCACAGCAGACGACCACUGGCAGGACGUACGACUGAUCAAGUUGGAUGUGUCUGGAUCUGGGCUCAGCCAUGCAGCAGGUGAUGUAGUGAUGAUCCAGCCUCCUAACCUGCCUGAUGAGGUGCAGACAUUCAUCCAGCUUCUCAAACUCAACCCUCAGGACAGGGUAAUACUGCAGCAGAAUGACCCAGAUGUGCAGCUGCCCCCCUCCCUCCCCCAGCCCUGUACCAUACAGCACCUAGUGGAACAGUACUGGGACAUCCAUGCUGUACCCAGGAGAUGGUUCUUCACUCUUCUCUCUUACUUUGCUGACGAUGAAAUGGAGAAAGAGAAAUUUCAAGAAUUCAGCACUGCUGAAGGCCAGGAGGAGCUGUACUCUUACUGUAACCGUCCCAGGAGAACUACCCUAGAGGUGCUGCAGGACUUUCCUCAUGUCAUCAACACCAUCCCUGUGGACUAUCUGUUUGACCUGAUCCCACCCAUCCAGCCUAGGGCUUUCUCCAUAGCUUCAUCUCUGAAGGCCCAUCCCAAUGAAGUGCAUGUAUUAAUGGCUGUGGUGCAGUACCGGACCAAGAUGGUUACACCACGUAGGGGGCUCUGCUCAACAUGGCUGUCCUCUCUCAACCCUCAGAAAGAUGAUGUCAGGGUUCCUAUGUGGGUCAGGAGGGGCACUAUCUCCUUCCCAAAGACACCUGCCACCCCCGUCAUCAUGGUAGGACCCGGCACAGGGCUGGCACCUUUCAGAGGGUUCAUACAGGAACGUACCACUCUUGGGAUUGGAGGAAAUGUUUUAUUCUUUGGAUGUCGGAACAAGGACAAAGACUUCUUCUGUGCGUCAGAAUGGCAGCCACUCGUGGAGAAAGGCUUUCUUUCUUUGUACACUGCAUUUUCAAGGGAUCAGGAGGAGAAAGUUUAUGUUCAGCAGAGAAUAAAAGAGAAUGGAGCUGUGAUCUGGGACCUCAUUCAUAACCAAGAAGCUUGGAUCUUCGUUGCAGGGAAUGCCAAACAGAUGCCCACUGAUGUACAAAGUGCCCUGCAGUCAGUCCUGAUGGACCAUGGGAACAUGGGAGAGACAGAGGCAGACAGAUAUAUCCACUCACUGGAACACAGGCGACGAUACCAAGUAGAAGCAUGGUCAUAACCCCACCAAAACUCGUAGUAGUAACCUUACUGUAAGAAAGUUCUGUGUUGUAGUAGCUGUAUCUAUCAUGAUCUAUAUAGGCAGUUUAACCGCCUUCGACAUAAUACACCAGUUUCUGUAUCUGUAUACCCAGUGCAAUUACCCUUUGGCAUAACACACCAUCUUUGCUCUAUGCAGAGCAGCAGCAGCUGGUUAUAUUACUAUGACCACAUCUAACCUUUGUACAUCUAUCUGCAAAUGUUGCUUUAAAGAUAUCUAGUGAGGAUGCCCCUACUGCACUUGAUGGCAAUGAAUUCCACUCAGUGAUAGUUCUAGGAAAGUAUGAAUAUUUGAACAUAUCAAUCCUUGUAUAAAAACUUUGGUACCUGAAGAUAUGACUAAUGUUGUUCUUGUCUGAAAAAUUGGUAUUAGCGGUAGUAGUGGAAUUUCAGAUGGCCGUGAAAAAACAAAACAAAAACAAACUCGGUAUUACCUGAAAGAUGGCAAUGGUCACUAGCGAGAUGGUGUUCAGGGACAGGUAUGUUUAUCUGUGGGGAUGUCAUUCAGCACCAAGGACUGGCGUGCUUGCCAGUAUGGAAGGCAUUCUGCACUAAGGAAAGGUCUAUGUGGAUGGCAUUCAGCACCAAGGAAAGGUCUGUGUGGAUGGUGUUCAGCACCAAGGACAGAUGUGUUGAACGGUAUGUGGAUGGUGUUCAGCACUAGGCACAAGUCUGUCUACAAUGCUAUACAUGUGCUCCUGUUCCUGAAAUAACAUCAAAACUAUUGAAUAGUACAGAGACCAUAGAGCACACAAAGUCCAAGGCAAAGUCAAUGCUUACAUUUUAUUAGAAGCUAUAUCAUAUAUAACAAUGUUACAGAAAAUUUUACAUGCAGAUCCAAUAUCUUACAUUCAGAGCGAUUAUACUUAAUUGGCAAGACGACAAUAAAGGUUGAAGAAUACUUCUCGA